GGCUGACAUGCGUGGGAGUAGUGGGAGUGACCCCGGCGGGGAGGCGGCGGGGGGUGAGGGCUGGAUAUUGUUUCCUCUGUUGCGUCCUGUUGCACUAGUCCGUGCGCCGACAGCUCUCGGCAACAUCCACGAUGGCUUUCCCUGGCCGGGUGCAGCCCUGUGCUAUCCCAGAGAAUGAAGAGCUGUCCCAGACAGUGCUGAACCGUGUGCACGAGGCUAACGGCCAUGAAGACGAGAGGGCUGUGUCCAAACUACAGCGCAGGCACAGUGACGUGAAGAUCUACAAAGAGUUCUGUGACUUUUAUGCGAAAUUCAACAUGGCCAAUGCCCUGGCCAGCGCCACUUGUGAGCGCUGCAAGGGCGGCUUUGCACCUGCUGAGAAGAUUGUCAACAGCAACGGCGAGCUGUACCACGAGCAGUGCUUCGUGUGCGCCCAGUGCUUCCAGCAGUUUCCGGAGGGGCUCUUCUAUGAGUUUGAAGGAAGGAAGUACUGUGAGCACGACUUUCAGAUGCUCUUUGCUCCCUGCUGUCAUCAGUGUGGUGAAUUCAUCAUUGGCAGAGUUAUCAAAGCCAUGAAUAACAGCUGGCAUCCGGAGUGCUUCCGCUGCGACCUCUGCCAGGAAGUUCUGGCAGACAUCGGCUUUGUCAAGAAUGCCGGGAGACAUCUGUGUCGCCCCUGUCAUAACCGUGAGAAAGCCCGUGGCCUUGGAAAGUACAUCUGCCAAAAAUGCCAUGCCAUCAUUGAUGAACAGCCCCUGAUCUUCAAAAAUGACCCUUACCACCCGGACCACUUCAACUGUGCUAACUGCGGGAAGGAGCUGACCGCUGAUGCCCGGGAGCUGAAAGGAGAACUGUACUGCUUGCCUUGCCAUGAUAAGAUGGGGGUCCCUAUCUGUGGUGCCUGCCGGCGGCCCAUCGAGGGACGCGUGGUGAAUGCAAUGGGCAAGCAGUGGCAUGUGGAGCAUUUUGUUUGUGCCAAGUGUGAAAAACCAUUUCUUGGACAUCGCCAUUAUGAGAGGAAGGGGCUGGCAUAUUGUGAAACUCACUAUAACCAGUUGUUUGGUGAUGUUUGUUUCCACUGCAACCGUGUGAUAGAAGGUGAUGUGGUGUCUGCUCUGAACAAGGCCUGGUGCGUGAAUUGCUUUGCCUGUUCUACCUGCAACACUAAGUUAACACUCAAGAAUAAAUUUGUGGAGUUUGACAUGAAGCCCGUCUGUAAGAAGUGCUAUGAGAAGUUUCCGCUGGAGCUGAAGAAAAGACUUAAGAAACUAGCGGAGACCUUAGGAAGGAAAUAACUUCCUGGGUUUUGCUUUUUGUCUUCUAUGCAAAGAUAAGAGUACCAACACCACGUACUUGAUCCAGCCUUACUUAAAGGUGUAUCUCUGAGCAGUUGAGAGUGAAGAAGACUUGAAGAAUUAUUCUCAUCUGUUUUUUAUUUUAUCAUUUUAAAAAAAGUUCUAUUUAAAAUCCUGAUGAAAUGAAGAUUUGCUUUUGUUAACCAUCAGUACUUGUUGGCAUGGAAAUGAUAUGUAGUCCAAUGUGAAAUUUUCGCUUAGGUCUCCCGAAGCAGCGAUAACUUUUUUUUUAAUAAAAGGAGUCAGCUUUUACAUGAAUAUAAACAAAAUAUACAAGCUUUACCAUGUAUUCAAAAGAAAAAUUUUCAGCUGCUAUUGGAAAGGAUAGAGGAAAGAAAAAUGAGUAUUAUGCAAUAUUUCAGUAGCUAUACAGACUAGAAACUGUCAAAUGAACACGUGUAACAAAGACAACAAACUGGUAUAUUCACAACUACUUGAUUUUACUCUUUUUCAUUACAUGGAGUAAUUAAUUGUUAGGCUUAGUUUUAUAUUUUGUAUUUGUGAUCCUCACCUUGGUAUGAUUACUGAACACAGUAAGUUAUAGCUAGCCAGCAGUAUGUCUGAAGAUGUUGUGCAAAAAAAAAGGCCAGGUAUUUGAAAAUACUGCUUACCCUAUGAUAUUGGAAAAAUGAAGUGUACAUUUUCAAAGUAUUACAACAGUUAUGAUGCUAAGGGUAAUGUCAAACAUGUAGGCUGAGAACUGACAUGAAAUAAGCAUUUUGUGUAGCUCAUAACGUGUCACCUGGAAAACAUGGAUGAUAUAAAUGUAUUGGUCAUUUUGCUCUUAUCACUGUGCUGAUAUCUAUGCUUUUUGCAUAAUCAAACUUGCUUUGCCUUAAAACAAAAUGCCUACUUUAAUCAGGAAUUCUAGGCGUUUGCUACUACCAACUAAAAUGACACUAGUGAAAGCUUUAGAUUAUAUUUUAUUUUUCAUAGCUAUCAUGAAAUUUGUUUUUAAAAAUUUCUCUUUUUUUAGAAACCAAUCAAAACUAACUCCUAUCUUAUUGGAAGACAAUAGUGUUGUUACAUACUUAUAGGUUUUCCAAUUCCAAUAUCAUGAUUAAUUGGAAUGUAUUUACUGUAGCUAGGAGUUAUAAGUUGGAAGCAGGAUGUUUUAGUGCUGAUGUUAAGUCAAAAUUAGUGAAUUGUCCUGUUGUAUAAAAUUCUCUUAUCCUGAAGUAUCUGGAUCAUUCUUUCAGGAUAAACUUGUUAUGCAAAGUUUUAUGACUAUUUUAAAAUGUUGCUGCUGUUGCUAUGUUAUUUAAGAAGAAAGUUGCUACAUGGACUUCCAGUAGAAAAAGUGCGGAUUUUUCCAAAACCUAAGAAAUAUUUUUUGCCAUUAAAAAAAAAAUCUCAGGAUGGUACACCCUGCCAUUAAACACGCAUGCAUUUUUUUUUAGAAUUUGUGCACGUGAUUUUCAGAUUAAAUUCCAUUUUUGUUUUCAGAUAACUUAAAAUCAGUUACACUAUUGUCAGCAUUAAGUUAAAAGAAUCGUCAUAAGUGACUAAAAAUAAACAAUAUUUUGCUUAAGACUGUAUUGCUCAGUAUUCAAAGCAGUCCUUUGACAGGAAGAAUCAAAACUCCUCCAGCGUGCCUUUGCUAGCCAAUAUGACCAACCAGCAUUGAAAACCUUCAAAGUAUUUAUUAAAUAUUAUAUGCUAGAUAUAGACAAAAUAGGACAAGCUUUGCCGUAUUGGAUCCUGAUGCUAAAUUCUUCUAUCUCCCAACUCCUAUAAUAGAAACAUUUACACAUAUGGAAAGUAUUGUAGAAGCAUAUUUGCAUAUAUUGUUAGUCAUUUUGAAAAUGCGUGGACUGAACAUGUCUAAACAGAGCCGGCCAUCCCACUGUAAUUGGACAGCAGUCCCCCUGCUCUGUGCUCAGUGCUGUUUGCUGAGAGCUGGCCUUGUAAGUCAGCAACACCCAAGCAUAGUUAGCUCUUUCUUGAUGUGGGUAUCAUUGGAGCCCUUGGAUGUGGAAAGGGUUUAAAUGGAAUAGAAGACAAACCUGGCCUAGAUGAUAACAGGGUGUGCAUGGGGUGUCGUCUGGCUGCUGAACAACUCGGGCCAGUGAGCAUCCUCUAAAGUUCUACAGAACAGUCCGAGGCAGUUUGUUGUUCUUACCCAGUUGCAAAGUGCUCUUGUCCUUAGGAAGCCUGAUGUAAUUGAGGAAAAUGGGACAAGUGAAAGAUUCCUUAGCUCAUGCUCAAAACCUCAUUAUCUCUGGACUGAAGUAAUGAGUAAUUUGGCCUCACCUACCUGCCAAAUAGCCAUUUCUAGCUUGAAGAGGAAAAUUUGAGGUCAUUAUACAGCAUUUUUGCAUUUAUUUUAGAUUGUAAGCUCAAUGCAGGGAUCUAUAUCAAUGCCUUUUUUUAAUAGCAACUAUUACAGUAUACUCUUGAUGCUUAAUAAAUAUCUAUAAUUAUUAACAAUAA